UGGCGAAUUCAUCAUUUAUUGCGGAGCAGAAGAUUGCUCGCAUUAAAUCUCCUUAUCCUAAUUGAUUGGAGCAGAAGAUUGCUCGAUCACUCCUUAUCCCCCAAACAAUCCUACCUCUACAUAAAGAUUGGAGCAGAAGAUUGCUCAAUCUUAGGUAUCAUCUCCAAACUACUCAUUCCUUCCCCCGCAAUCAUUUCAAUGCCGAAAAGGACCAGACGUGCGGGUAGAAAAUAUCAGUUUCGAAAGUUGGCCGCGAUUUAUAGAAAUCUACAAGAGGAUUUAGACACGUUGUUGGGAAACAAUAACCCAGUGCCGACAGUGCUUAGAAGUGACACCCACAGCACCGCAGUCACCAGAGACUGUCAGGAAAACUUCAGACUGGUCCAACAUCGUGAACCGGUAUCCAGACCCCAACAGGAGACACCAGGAACUGCACCACAUUCCCAGACGCAGGGAUACUUUGCCACUGAUUACGUGGCCAAUCAGCAGCAGACCCAAGUUCCUGUCAGCCAGGAUCACGCUUCUUUUAAAAUAAGUCCUUCGACGGAGAAUUCCCUGAGUGGGCCAAGAGAAAAACUCCGACAACUGAAAAAUUAAGGAGUUUCUGGAGGAGAGGGAAAGACGUAGCAGUUGGUCUAGUUGACAAUCAUAAAUAAUUCGAGCUGAAUAACAAUGGGAAGACCUAGAGUGAUGGGUACAAACUUGGGAAAGGAGAUUGGCAACCGGAUUACCCUCUUCGGGAUGAUCAAAGCGGUGAGCUCGAACCAGACCAAUGUUGAAUUGCUGACCCCAGACAACAUUAAAGUCAAUGUAUCGCUCCCUGAACCUUUCACUGAGCCCGCUGAAGGAGGGAUGGAUGUCUUUGGAGUUGUCCAAUCGAAAUCCACAAUCAGUGCUGAUGGUUACGUCUACCGGAAACCCGAGGAACUCGAAAUGUUCAGUUGUCAGGACUACCAGGACUAUUUGAUACUGGUAAAUACCAUGAGAGGCCAGGAUGAGAACAUUCAGGCUGCCUUCCAUACAGUUUAAGUUAACAUAAACAAUAUAUUCAACUCCAAAUAUUCUGUAAGAAUUUUUUUUUCAUCUGAUCUGUCAUAAAUAAACAUUAAGAGUAUUUUAUCAAUUUUUUUUUGUCUUUCAUCGAUUUACACUGAAUGGUACGGGCAAUGAGAAACAUACGUUCUCAUCUGAUUGUCGAUGACAUCGAAGAAUUUUAAAAAUUAGUUUAUUAAUUUGAGAUAUUGUACUCCACUGGAAUACGUGUGGAAAAUACAGUCAUCUAAGCUUUGGGUAUAGUCCCAUUGGAAGGUUGUCUAUGUCGCUUUUCAUUUUAUUUUUUAUCUGUAAAGCUAUAUGAAUUUUAAAGUGAUUUUGGGAUUUAAAAAAUCCUCAAAAACGAUAGAUGUAUUGAUUUUCUAGUGAAAACAAAGAAAAAUAAUUUUUUUCUCAGGGAAAAAAAAUUUAAUUGCUCUAUAAGUUUCAGUUAAGUUUCUUCUCGCAAAAAUUAAUUAUUCUAUGAUGAAAAUGGCCUUGAAAAAUUCAGUUUUUUCAGAAGGUGUUUUCGAGACUGAAUUCUGUAAAACUCUGAUUUCAAUGAAUUAUUUAACGUCUAACUCGAAAAAUUUGAUUGAUCCUUAGCAAUAAAUAUUCCUUGGAUUUGAUUGACUGGUGCAUUUACAUUUUGGACGAUUUCACAGCUAAAUACAAUCAAUUUAGUCGAGCUACUCUUUUAAUAAAUUCAAAGAUGAUCGAAAACUUCACAAAAUUUUUACAAAACUAUAUUACAUUUCUAAUCGUGUUGUUUUCUCCAAAUUAGGUAUUAAUUAGUCGAAAAUUUAAAUUGGUAUUUUUUAUCACUACUGACACUUCAUAAAAGAUAAUCCAUCAUUAGGGAAACAAGUU